UGGCCUGUAGUCCGUCCCCAGUUUCAGUAUAUGUACGGCUGAAGUGGGCUCUGGCAUUGUCAGGAGCCGGCCCUUGGCUGUCCCCAAGGCCUGGCCUCACUUACCCUCUGACCCCUGCCCAGUGCCGGGAUGGUGGAGACUGGCCUGAAGGGCUGGUUGCUCUGGGCCCUGCUCCUGCACUCGGCCCAGAGUGAGGUCUACACACCCAUACACCAGCCUGGCUACUGUGCCUUCUACGAUGAGUGCGGGAAGAACCCGGAGCUGUCCGGAAGCCUGGCUUCGCUGUCCAAUGUGUCCUGCCUGGAUAACUCGCCUGCUCGCCACAUCACAGGUGACCACCUGGUCCUCCUACAAAGCAUCUGUCCCCGUCUCUACACUGGCGCCAACACCACCUACGCCUGCUGCUCCUCCAAGCAGCUGGUGGCCCUGGACAUGAGCCUGCGGAUCACCAAGGCCCUCCUCACUCGCUGUCCCGCCUGCUCUGACAACUUCGUGAGCCUGCACUGCCACAACACCUGCAGCCCCAACCAAAGCCUCUUCAUCAAUGUGACCCGAGUGGUCACACAGGGGGACAGCCAGUCCCAGGCCGUGGUGGCCUACGAGGCCUUCUACCAGCGCAGCUUCGCCGAGCAGACCUACAACUCCUGCAGCCGUGUGCGCAUCCCCGCAGCUGCCACACUGGCCGUGGGCUCCAUGUGUGGCGUCUAUGGCUCUGCCCUCUGCAACGCCCAGCGCUGGCUCAAUUUCCAGGGGGACACGAGCAAUGGCCUGGCACCCCUGGACAUCACCUUCUACCUGUGGGAGCCUAGCCAGGCCGAGGGGAGCGUGAUACAGCCUCUAAAUGAUGAGGUCGUGCCCUGCAAUCAGUCCCAGGGCGACGGUGUGGCGGCCUGUUCCUGCCAGGACUGUGCUGCCUCCUGCCCCGUGAUUGCCCAGCCCCGGGCCUUGGACCCCACCUUCCGCCUGGGCCGGAUGGAAGGGAGCCUGGUCCUCAUUAUCAUUCUCUGUUCUCUCUUUGUCUUGCUCACGGCCUUCCUCCUGUGGUCCCGCCUGGCCAAGUGGUGCAGGGGCAAGCACAAGACGCCCAAGCCCAAGGCAAGCAUCAGCCUGGCCCACAGGCUUAGCCUCUCCACCCACACCCUCCUCAGCCGCUGCUUCCAGUGCUGGGGCACUUGGGUGGCCUCAUGGCCACUGACCAUCCUGGCAGUAUCUGUGAUUGUGGUGGUGGCCAUGGCAGGGGGCCUGGCUUUUAUAGAACUGACCACGGACCCCGUGGAGCUGUGGUCAGCCCCCAACAGCCUAGCCCGACGUGAGAAGGCGUUCCACGACAAGUAUUUUGGCCCCUUCUUCCGAACCAGCCAGGUGUUCAUGACGGCACCUCACCGGCCCAGCUAUAGGUAUGACUCCCUGCUGCUGGGGCCCAAGAACUUCAGCGGGAUCCUGUCCUUGGAUCUGCUGCUGGAGGUGCUGGAAUUGCAGGAGAGGCUGCGGCAUCUGCAGGUGUGGUCGCCAGAGGAGCAGCGGAACGUCUCCCUGCGGGACACCUGCUACGCCCCCCUCAACCCACAUAACGCCAGUCUGUCUGACUGCUGCGUCAACAGCCUCCUGCAGUACUUCCAGAACAACCGCACUCAGCUGCUGCUCACAGCCAACCAGACGCUGUCAGGGCAGACCGCCCAGGUGGACUGGAGGGACCACUUCCUCUACUGCGCCAAUGCCCCCCUCACCUACAAAGAUGGCACGGCCCUGGCCCUGAGCUGCAUGGCUGACUAUGGGGCGCCCAUCUUCCCCUUCCUCGCCGUGGGGGGCUACAAAGGAAAGGACUAUUCUGAGGCAGAGGCCCUGAUCAUGACCUUCUCCCUCAACAAUUACCCUCCUGGGGACCCCAAGCUGGCCCAGGCUAAGCUCUGGGAGGGAGCCUUCUUGGAGGAGAUGCGAGCCUUUCAGCGUCGGAUGGCUGGUGUGUUCCAGGUCACAUUCAUGGCGGAGCGUUCCCUGGAGGAUGAGAUCAACAGCACCACGGCCGAGGACCUGCCCAUCUUUGCUGUUAGCUACCUUGUCAUCUUCCUGUACAUCUCCCUGGCCCUGGGCAGCUACUCCAGCUGGCGUCGGGUACCGGUGGACUCCAAGGCCACGCUGGGCCUGGGCGGGGUGGCCGUGGUGCUGGGAGCAGUCGUGGCCUCUAUGGGCUUCUUCUCCUACCUGGGUGUCCCUUCCUCACUGGUGAUCCUUCAAGUGGUGCCCUUCCUGGUGCUUGCCGUGGGGGCCGACAACAUCUUCAUCUUCGUUCUUGAGUACCAGAGGCUGCCUCGGAGGCCUGGGGAAGAACGGGAGGCCCACAUCGGCCGAGCCCUGGGCAGAGUGGCCCCCAGCAUGCUUCUCUGCAGCCUCUCUGAGGCCAUCUGCUUCUUCUUAGGAGCCCUGACCCCCAUGCCAGCUGUACGGACUUUUGCCCUGACCUCCGGCUUUGCAGUGCUUCUUGACUUCCUGCUACAGAUGUCAGCCUUUGUGGCCCUGCUCUCCCUCGACAGCAGGAGGCAAGAGGCCUCCCGGAUGGACAUCUGCUGUUGCAAGACAGCCCGGAAGCUGCCCCCGCCGAGCCAGGAUGAAGGGCUCCUGCUCCGAUUCUUCCGCAAGUUCUACGUCCCAUUCCUGUUGCAUUGGCUCACCCGCGUGGUCGUGGUGCUGCUCUUCCUGGCCCUGUUCGCAGCGAGCCUCUAUUUCAUGUGCUACAUUAAUGUGGGGCUGGACCAGCAGCUGGCUGUGCCCAAGGACUCAUACCUGAUCGACUAUUUCCUCUUUAUGAACCGCUACUUUGAGGUGGGGGCCCCAGUCUAUUUUGUUACCACUGGGGGCUACAACUUCUCCAGUGAGGAAGGAAUGAAUGCCAUCUGCUCCAGUGCAGGCUGCAACAACUUCUCCUUAACCCAGAAGAUCCAGUACGCCACCGACUUCCCUGAUAUGUCUUACCUGGCCAUCCCUGCCUCCUCCUGGGUGGACGACUUCAUUGACUGGCUGACUUCAUCUUCCUGCUGCCGCCUUUAUAUCUCUGGUCCCAAUAAAGAUGAGUUCUGCCCCUCGACUGUCAACUCCCUGGCUUGCUUGAAGACUUGUGUGAGCCCCACAUCGGGCUCUGCCCGGCCAUCCGUGGAGCAGUUCCACAGAUAUCUUCCAUGGUUUCUGAGUGACGAGCCCAACAUCAAAUGUCCCAAAGGUGGCCUGGCAGCAUACAGCACCUCAGUGAAUAUGAGCUCAGAUGGCCAGAUUUUAGCCUCGCGGUUCAUGGCCUACAACAAGCCGCUGAAGAACUCGCAGGAUUUCACGGAGGCUCUGCGGGCAACUCGGGCACUGGCAGCCAACAUCACUGCUGACCUGCGGAAGGUGCCAGGCACCGACCCAGAUUUUGAGGUCUUCCCUUACUCGGUCACCAACGUGUUCUAUGAGCAGUACCUGACCAUAGUCCCCGAGGGGCUCUUUAUGCUCACCAUCUGCCUGGUGCCCACCUUUGUCGUCUGCUGCUUCCUGCUGGGCAUGGACGUCCGCUCUGGCCUCCUCAACCUCUUCUCUAUCAUCAUGAUCCUGGUGGACACUGUGGGCUUCAUGAUGCUCUGGGACAUCAGCUACAAUGCUGUGUCCCUCAUCAACCUGGUCACGGCGGUGGGCAUCUCUGUGGAGUUUGUGUCCCAUAUCACCCGCUCCUUUGCCAUCAGCACCAAGCCCACCCGGCUGGAGAGGGCUAAGGAGGCCACCAUCUCCAUGGGCAGUGCGGUGUUUGCAGGAGUAGCCAUGACCAACCUGCCUGGCAUCCUUAUCCUGGGCCUGGCCAAGGCGCAGCUCAUCCAGAUCUUUUUCUUCCGUCUCAACCUCCUCAUCACUGUGCUGGGCCUGCUGCAUGGCCUGGUCUUCCUGCCCGUCAUCCUCAGCUACCUGGGGCCUGAUGUCAACCCAGCUCUGGUGCAGCAGCAGAAGCAGGAGGAGGAGGCAGCUGCGGCCAAGGAGACCUCUUGCUCAAAGCACCCCACCCCGAUGAGCACUGAUUAUGGUGUCUACGUCAACUACAGCUUUGAACAUCCUGCCAAGAGUGUAGGAGGCCUCGAGAGCUCUCCAUCAGAGAACAGGCAGAAGUUCUGAUGGGGCCAGAGACCCUGUCCAAGCUCAUCAGCCAUGACCUGAGGGGCCACGAAGGCUCCUCCUGGGGGUCCUUUGACCUAUCCUUCCCCCAGGCCCUGAGAGAGGCUGUCUCCACAGGACCGUCCACCAUCGGUCAUCCUCUAGCCACCAGAUCUCACCCAUAAGGACACUGAUUGUGAUAGAGGUGCCACGUGAUGGCUUGGGUGUGACCUGGUCCAAGUCCAUCUCUUGAAUUUGACAUGUGUCCUCCUCAUGCAAGUUUUAAAACUUUAGUUCCAUAUAUGUGAACAACAUAUUUGUUCACAUUUAAAAUUUUCCUUAAUUGAUACCAUACGUGACCUAUCCUCUUACAAUAAGGUUUUUUUUUUUAUGCAGCAUACAUUUUUUCGAUUUAUUCAUGACGAUACAUGGAGAUCUAGUCCAAUCAUUUUAACUGCAACACAGCUUUCCAUUGUGUGAAUGAACAGGAUGUUUUUUUAUCCAUUCCCCUGCUAGUGGGCAAUCACAUUGUCCUCAAUUAUUUUUUCUGCUAUAAGUCCACAGUCACUUAUGUGGAAUUUCAGAACCCCCAGAACUCUGAAAACCUAGUGUGUUUGUUUUUUUCUUUUGUAAGUUUGGGACAAACUCAUUUCAUAGCAAAGACUGAUCAGACAUGAUGUAUCUAUUUAUACUCUUUAUAAAUAGGCUUCCCUGGUGGCUCAGAUGGUAAAGAAU